AUGGCGAAGCUCACCUUGAUCUCCUUCCUCCUCGCCUUCACCCUGGUGGCGGCGGCCACCCCGCAGCCGUCGGCGGCCGAUGACCAACCUUCGCGGCUGCCGCCGUUCCCUUGCGUCCCGGGCGUGCAGCGGCCGCCGUGGCUGCCGCCCUGCUCGCCGCCGCCGCCGCAGCCGGCCGAGUGCUACACCUCGGUGUCGGGGUUGAUGCCCUGCGCCGACUUCCUCACCAACGCCGGCGUGCUCGCGCCCGCGGCCGCGUGCUGCGACGGCUUCAGGAACCUCGUCACCGGCGCGCCCAUCUGCAUCUGCCACGUCGUCAACGGCGACUUCGGCAAGCUCCUGCCGGCGCCCAUGCUGCGCCUGCGCAUGAUGCAGCUCCCUCGCAUGUGCCGCGUCCCGUUCCCGCGCGCAACGCUCGUCCAGUGCAGCAGGGAACCUGUGCCGCCGAUGAACCCUCCACCGGCGCCAACGCCUGAUGCAACGCCACCGGCAUCACCCUCGUCUCCCCCAGCGGCAUCGCCAUCGGAUGCACCGGCGGCCUCGCCACCAGAGGAGGCACCGUCAGAUGAUGCACCGGCGGCCUCGCCACCGGAGGAGGCACCACCGUCGGAUGAUGCACCGGCGGCCUCGCCACCGGAGGAAGCUCCACCGUCGGAUGAUGCACCGGCGGCCUCGCCACCGGAGGAGGCACCACCGUCCGAUGAUGCACCGGCGGCCUCGCCACCGGAGGAGGCACCACCGUCGGAUGAUGCACCGGUGGCCUCGCCACCGGAGGAGGCACCACCGUCGGAUGAUGCACCGGCGGCCUCACCUCCGGAGGAGGCACCACCGUCGGAUGAUGCACCGGCGGCCUCGCCACCGGAGGAGGCACCAGCGUCGGAUGAUGCACCGGCGGCCUCGCCACCGGAGGAGGCACCACCGUCGGAUGAUGCACCGGCGGCCUCGCCACCGGAGGAGGCACCACCGUCGGAUGAUGCACCGGCGGCCUCGCCACCGGAGGAGUCGCCGUCCACCCCUGCGCCGGAAUCGCCGUCGACGCCAGUGGCAACGCCGCCGGCAGAAUCACCUUAUUAA